AUGCAGCUUGAGAAUGUGACCUCAUCGUCCCAGUUUGUUCUGGAAGGACUGACUGAUGCAGAGGAAUUGAGACCCUUGCUCUUCAUCAUCUUUUUGCUGAUCUACCUAGUGGCCAUGGUUGGGAACCUUGGCAUUGUUGGCCUUAUUUUCAUUGACUCACGACUCCACACACCCAUGUACUUCUUCUUGGCCAACCUGUCACUGCUGGACUCGGCGUAUAUCUCCAACACGGUGCCCCAGGUGCUGGCACAUCUGCUGGUGUCAGUGCGGACCAUUCCCUACAGAUCUUGUCUUACCCAGAUAUUCUUCCACCACUUCCUGGCUCCAUGGGAGUGCUUCCUGCUCACAGCCAUGGCCUAUGACCGCUAUGCAGCCAUCUGCCAGCCCCUGCACUACCUAGUUCUUAUGGGCCGCCAGACCCGACUGGGCCGAAGGAAAGCUUUUUCCACCUGUGGGUCUCACCUCACCAUGGUCUGUAUUUUCUACAUCACUUCAGUCCUCUGCUACAUCUUGCCCAGCUCUGCAUACUCUCGAGUACGAGACCGGGUGCUCUCCGUGCUUUUUGUCAUCCUCACUCCCAUGCUCAACCCCAUUGUCUAUAGCAUGCGGAACAAAGAGGUGAAGAGGGCUUUGCUCAAGGCCCUUGGGAAAGAAAGUACCUCUUAG